UGGGUUUUUAACAGCUUGAUAUCUAUUUAACACUACUGUACCAUCCACAGAAGACACACACUGUCUUCAAAGACCACAUCAUCCCUUCUUUAAUGUAGACAUGUUUACUGUGAGUUACUGACACACAGUAUUUCUCAUGUAUGUGAUCUAGCUGCUGAUUUAACAGAGACCAGAGGAGCAGCUAUGAGUUUAACAGCAGCAGCGAGUGGAUUUGUUGUCUUCCUUCUCUCUGUACAAGUGAUACAGGGUCAGGAUGGCUGGGGAGUGACUUACACCUCUACUCAGAUCUGUGCUGUUAAAGGAUCAACAGUGAACAUACGCUGCAGCUACACAUACCCAUACAGAUGGAAAGGCAGUGUUACUAGAGUUGAGAAAACAUUAUGGUUUAAUAAAAUGAAUAAUUAUGAACCUGUAGAUCUGACAACAGACUCAGAAUAUUCAGGUCGUGUGCAGUACAGUUAUAAAAACAAGGACUGCACUCUGAGAAUCUCAGACCUGAGAGAGAGAGACUCAGCUGAGUACAAGUUCAGGUUCAUAACAAACCAAGAAGGUGGAAGAUAUACCAGUUCACCUGGAGUCACUUUGUCUGUCACAGGUCUCCAGGUGAUAUCACAUUCUAACAGGCUGGAGUGUCAGAGCAGUUGUCGUCUACCUAAUAAUCCUUCCUAUGUCUGGUACAAGAAUGGACAGGAAAUUCAGGCACAAACAUCUUAUUAUUUAAACUAUGUGUAUUAUUCAGACAGCUAUUCCUGUGCUCUUCAAGGAUAUAAGGACUUCCCCUCUCCUUCAGUGUGUGUCCAAGGUGAAUCCUGCAACAGAGUGACGUACACUGACAGAAGCAUCUGUGCCUCCGAAGGCUCUUCAGUACAUUUCUUGCACUUACAGCAGUUAUGA